CUCGUUGCCCCCACCGUGGGGCUUGGCUGUGUCCGAACCGCAGGGGCUGGGACCCGCCGUGUCCACUGGGUUUGCAUUCCCUGCCCCGGCCCCACAGCUUGCCUCAGGCUCCCGAGUGAUGGUAAGAAGGAGCCCCCAGGGCUCCUAGCGUGUCAGCAUUUCUUAAGCGGAGCUGUGCAUCGGCUGGCAUCGUAUAAAAUUAUUGCCUGGAAAAUCAGAUUCAUCUGUGAGGCCAAGUGAGAAACCCAAUCAGCCAAGCCUUAACUGAUCUCCCCCAAAUUGCUGGCAGCUUGCACAACGCCGGCUCCCCAGGUGGCUGUGCCCGGAACUCAGCUCCUGUUCUCCAAUGGUCCUAAGAGGCAGACGCAGCAGUCCUUGACCCCCGUCGCAUGGGUGGGAGCAUCCAUCAGCUAUGGAGAACGAUGUGGCCACAUCUCCACGUGAUCUCUCCUGCAUAAAACCAAAGCCACCUCCAGACACAUGCUCUGGUGCCUCAGUCUCUAUGCAAGACCUGGAGAGUGGAGACCUGCUUCAGUCCUUGGAGGAAGCUGGCUCUGCAGGGGGUAAUUCGAGGACUGGAAUUUGAACCAAGAACCUUCUCUCUUCCUUCGCUCUUCUUCAUUCACGUUCAUGCCCAAUACCUCCUCGGAGACGGCUCUAUUUAUUUCUAGAAAAGCGGUACUGCGGCAGUCGUCGUAGCCUCCCCAUGUCUGGACAUUUUCUUUUGGCUCUCCCGGAAGCCUAGAGCCCAGUGAUUGACAUAACUGGCACCCGGGGGAGCUGAACGAGCAGCGGCCAGGGGCCGUGGGCAGAGGAAGGAGCCGUGAGGUUCCAGGAUGGUACCUAACGGCACAGCCUCUUCCUUUUGUCUGGACUCUCCCCCAUGUAGGAUCACUGUCAGCGUGGUCCUCGCUGUCCUCAUCCUCAUCACCGUCGCCGGCAAUGUGGUGGUCUGCCUGGCUGUGGGCCUGAACCGCCGGCUCCGCAGUCUGACCAACUGCUACAUUGUGUCUUUGGCCAUCACUGAUCUGCUCCUUGGCCUCCUGGUGCUGCCCUUCUCAGCCUUCUACCAGCUAUCCUGCAGGUGGAGCUUCGGCAAGGUCUUCUGCAAUAUCUAUACCAGCCUGGAUGUGAUGCUCUGCACGGCCUCCAUCCUUAACCUCUUCAUGAUCAGCCUCGACCGGUACUGCGCUGUCACGGACCCCCUGCGCUACCCUGUGCUGGUCACCCCAGUCCGAGUGGCUGUGUCUCUUGUCUUAAUUUGGGUCAUUUCCAUCACCCUGUCCUUUCUGUCUAUCCAUCUGGGGUGGAACAGCAGGAAUGAGACCAGCAAUUUCAACCACACCAUCCCCAAGUGCAAAGUCCAGGUCAACUUGGUGUAUGGCUUGGUGGAUGGGCUGGUCACCUUCUACUUGCCUCUGCUGGUCAUGUGCAUCACCUACUACCGCAUUUUCAAGAUUGCCCGGGAUCAGGCCAAGAGGAUCCACCAUAUCGGCUCCUGGAAGGCAGCUACCAUCGGGGAGCACAAAGCCACAGUGACACUGGCCGCCGUGAUGGGAGCCUUCAUUAUCUGCUGGUUCCCCUAUUUCACUGUGUUUGUUUACCGUGGGCUGAGAGGGGAUGAUGCCAUCAACGAGGCCUUUGAAGCCGUCGUUUUGUGGCUGGGCUAUGCCAACUCGGCCCUGAACCCUAUCCUGUACGCCACACUAAACAGAGACUUCCGCACGGCAUACCAGCAGCUCUUCCGCUGCGGACCUGCCAGCCACAAUGCCCACGACACUACUCUGAGGUCUGGCAGCUCUCAGCUGGCCAGGAAUCAAAGCCGAGAACCCACGCGGCAGGAAGACAAGCCCCUGAAGCUCCAGGUGUGGAGUGGGACAGAGGCCACAGCCCCUCAAGGAGCCACAGACAGGAAGCCAGCGCUAUCCUGCACUGUGUGCUCCAGCAACCUUCUAAGCUGCUGCAAGAGUCUGUGGGGGCUUAGGUUCCUCCAGAGACACGUGAGAGGCCCCUCAGAGGAGCAGCCAGGCGAGCCACUGUCCGAGGAGCCACUGAGGACACCACCCCAGGAAGCGGUGAGGACUCUGCCCUCCGAGGCUGUCUAGACCCAGCCCAGGACACAGAAGAUACUGCUUCUGGUCACCAAGAUUUGACUCCUGGAGCCAUUAAGGACCCAGAAGCCCCCAGAGCCACCGAAGAUGCGCCCUAGCCCGAGUCUAGGGAGUCCCAGAGCACGCAGCGGGGUGCCGGGGUCCUUGGGUCUAGUGUGGUGCGGCCUGUCCUGUGCCGGGCAUUCUCAGCAGAUGCUCAGAACUCUCCUGGGUCUGGGUCCACUGAAUCCCAUGGGUUCAGAGCUCACGUUGGUGCUGGCCCUGAGUCACGAGCAGAGAUGGCUGGACGUUGGAGGUGCGUGCACAGGUGUGUGCAUGGAUUUGUACGUGCAGGAACGCGCAGGCCCUCUGAGCACAGCAGACGGCGUUGCCAUAAAGAGUUAGUCUCUCACUCCCUCAUGGGUUCUGUAGGAUGAAGGAGAGGGAAGGGAAGAGAAGAGAAAGGAAAGGAGGGAAAUUAGCCUUUAAUGAGCACCUUCUGUGUGCCGGGUACUUCAUCUACAUGAGUUCACAUAAUCCUUAUAACAUGUGGUAAGAAUCACCAACCUACAUGACAGAGUAGAAACUGAGGCUCAGAGAAGACCGGGGCCUGCCUCAGGGUACUCAGCUAGUAUGUGUUCCCGGCUCAUAGGAGGCACUCGAAAAAUAGCUGUGCAGGGAAUUAGCAAGUGGGAGCAUGGGUAAAAAGCCCGGCUUCAAGCCCAGGCUCUUGCCAUGACCUUGCACUGCUUCUCAGGAGAGAGAUCAAGGUAUUUCCUUGACUCAGCCUACCUGCCUCUUAGCGAGGCUCAGAGCCGGAGCCUAGGGGAUCCCUUCAUGCUGCAGUACUAACCCUCUCUGGUGCUUUUCAUCAAGAAGUGGUGUGGAGCAGAGCGAGCAUUCGAACAUUCGGGGCAGGUCCGGGGUGGGCGGUGGUGGUUAGUGCGCCGGAGUCCUAGAGGGAGAGGUGGCCUUGCCGGGUGGGGGGAGUUGGCCCCACAGCGCCCUCUGCUGGAUACGUAACCUUGGGUGCGUCAGUAGCGAUCUUUCUGGCCAUCUCUUGACUCCUCUGUCCAAGGGGGUAGGAUGGCCUAUUUACAGGGUUGUUGAUGAGACCCAAGGCAGUGAGGGUGAUGACAGCCUGGAGAAAUGAGGGUGUGCGUGGACCCUCACUGCUAACCACUGCCCCUCCCUGAGCCCACUCCUUCCUUGGUUCCAAGACCCCCUCGUGGCGUCCCCCUCCCUGCACACCUAUGCCUUCUCAGUCCUCUUGCGACUCACUGUCCUCUCCCCGGCUGUCCGGUGUGCCUGUCCCAAGGGCUUUCUCUUCUCACUGCGAUUUCUCUCCCUCUGUGACCUCGUCUGCGCCCUCUUAACUGAAGUUACCAGGAGGCUUCCCUGUGAGGAAAUGACUCACAGAUUUGUACCUGGACCCCAAGCUUCCUCUGGGAGCUUUCCAGCCACGACUGUGGCUUUCCAGCCACGACCUCCAGCCUGGGUGUUUCAAAGGCACCUCGCUUUUAGCAUGUCCACAACCACACUCUAGACCUUUUCGCUGCACCUGCUCCUCUCCGGGUUCCCAGUCUCAGACGUCUGCCACUGGCUUUAGAGCCCGAGCCACUGGCCAAGGAGGUCAGCCUUGGCACCUCCCUUUCUAGCUCCUCUUGCUCAGUUUUCUUGAGCCCUAGUUCCACAUGUCCCCACCUUCUGCUUGAUUCUCUGCACCUGCCCUGUCCCCACUCGGCCCCACUGCCAUCCCUCGGUCAGGACAAUUGAGACAGCUUCCUGACAGCUCUCCAUGUUCCCUGCUGGCCUUCCUCCAGCCUGCCUCCCCACCCAACAGCCACAACGCGCUGUGCAAAACACUAAUAUGGUCACGUCGCGCAUGCAAGAAACCAUCUUUCUCAUGGCCCACCAGCCCUGCAUGGUCAGCCCUGACCUGUCCCUCCAGCCUCCUCCUGCCAUGGUCCCCUCUGUCGCUUCACCCCAACCCCACUGGCUUCUCUCUUUUGUUUGUUUAUUUUAUUGCUCUUUGCAGCUACUAGGCCAUGCACAAGGCUGUUUCCAUGACGUGAGACCAUGAGAUCUCAGCUGAAAUAUCACUUCUUGAGGAAGUCUUCCUUGACCCACCCUAUUAGGUCAGGCCUCCCUCACAUACCCCAGAACUCUCCUCAGAAGCCAUUGAUUGUUUGUAAUUUACAGUCAUCUGUGUGGUUCUCUGUCCAUCUCCCCCACGCAGGAGGUCAUGGGCCCUGCCUAUUUCUUUGGACCUUUGUAUGUCUAGUCCCUAGAAGAGCGUUUGGCACAUAGCAGGGGCUUUAAGCAGUUUAUCUGCCAGCAUACUUGAAGGCAUGAUUUGCCCCAGUGGCCCUCAGAGAUGCUCAAUUUCUUGGCUGGAUUCCAUCUGGAAGCCCCAGAAUCCCUUCCUCAAGUUUUCUUGGGGGUCUAAGGCAGGUGGGUCUCUAAGUCAUGGCCAAGUAGUUGGAGGCAUAAGACUGGUCUGGCUGAUCACGGUCUCAGCUGGUCAGGGCUCCAACCCAUUGUGCCCACACACCACCUGCCACUGCAGGGGCCUCCUUCGGGUCUGUCUCUGAGCUGCCGCCACCCUUCUGGAGGCUUCCUAGAGCCUCUGCUGGCUGCAGAAGUGGGGCACAUGCUGUCUAGAGGAGGAGUGUCUGCGGUGGGUCCCCAGAUCCAUGUUCUGUGUUGCGACCGUGUUCCAAUAAAGCUAUCGAAACAGA